GCUGAAGCAGAAAUUAUUAAGAAAACAAAGAUCCACCUCGAACACAACUCCAUUUAUCCCCUAUCUUUCCUCCCCUGCACCUUCUCUCUCUAAGCUCACUAUUAUUUCUAGAGAGAGAAGAAGAACAACAGCACAAGAUGAUGAACCCCAUCUCAAUAAUUUCAUCCCCCUUUAAUCAUUCUUGAUCAAGUCAAUCUCAAGUCUUUUUGCUUUUGGUUUUUUCCUCGUUGUUUUCUUAUGACAAAUAUCUAGCUUCAUAACUUCUUGACCCACCAAAACAAAUUUAUUGUACCAUUCUUGUUUUCAUAUUUAGUCAAGUUGUGAUAAUCUUGUACAACAGGAGAGAAAAACAUGAGGGAAGAUGAGUCAAAUUGGUUCUCGAAAUGGGAAGAGCAACUCCCAUCACCUGAUGAGCUCAUGCCUUUGUCUCAGACGCUGAUAACUCCUCAUCUUGCUGUUGCUUUCGAUAUCACGAAUAAUCCGGUUAUUAAUACGAGUCCGGGUGGUGUUGCUACGUUGCAGGUGCAACAUAGUUUACAGCCUCCACCACCAUUAUCUAUGCCUCUUCAGUCGCCCAAUUCAGGAGAAUUUGAUUCGUCUGAAUUGGGUGGUGGUGGAGCUGCAGGCGACGAGCCUGCAAGGACGCUGAAGAGGCCUAGGCUUGUGUGGACACCGCAGCUCCACAAAAGAUUUGUGGAUGCGGUGGCCCACCUGGGAAUCAAGAAUGCAGUUCCCAAGACAAUAAUGCAACUCAUGAGUGUGGAUGGAUUGACUCGCGAGAACGUCGCGAGUCAUCUGCAGAAGUACAGGCUGUAUCUGAAAAGAAUGCAAGGUCUUUCUGGAAGUGGCGGUGGAAGCCAUGCUUCUAGUGGAGAUGCCGCCACUGAUCAUUUAUUCGCUAGCUCACCGGUGCCAGCUCAUUUUCUGCAUCAGGGUCGUUCUAAUUCGGAACAUUUCUUGCCUUUUGUGCCUGUUUCUGCGCUGCAACAACAGCAAAUGGUGGCUGUUGCAGGACAUCCACAAUAUAGGCACGUGCCUCAUUUUGGCUCUCCUUCUAACGCGCAAUUUGAGCAUCCAUUUAUGGCGAGACAGCCACAUCAGCAGCAACAACAGGUUCACAGGAUGGGGACACCUGUCCAGAAUACACUGCAAUCUUCUUACAUUGAGGAUUUGGAGUCCGGGAACGCGAGGAAAGUACUCACGUUGUUUCCGACAGGAAAUGACUAAUUUGGAUUUGGUAAAAUUGUGGUUGCCUUUUCUUCAUUCAAAUAAUCUUCAGUGUGGGUCUUAUGUAUGUCUGCAGCAACUUGUUAGAGCUGGAACUAACAUCUAUAAUCUAGUCAUUUAAAUCGAGUUCGUGUUAUUCCAUCAUGUAACUGAAAAUUGGGUAGAUGUUUAAUUUCCUAGUGUUCAGACAGAAUUUUGUCUUGGUAUCCCAGCAAUAAUGUUGCAGUGACAGGAGGAAUAAUAAUGUCGGAUCAAUGAUAUUUGCGAAUUUUCACCAAGAUUGCUGUUGGAAGAAUGAAGUACAGUUAUUUUUUCGGAAUGGUCGUUUGCAGUCCUCCAGUACUCUGCAAUUGAAUUGAACUACAAGGCACCGGAUUCUCUAAAUUUCUCUAGUAUUAACUUCUGGCAGGCGAUAUCUACCUGAACGAGUAGGUAUCAAAGGAUGGCAAGUUCAUUCAGUUCCAGUUCAUCUGCUUGUAUAUUGUUUGAUAUUUUAAAGAAUCGUUCUACAUGAAUGUUAAUUUAAUGUGAAUGCCUUUCCUGAGUUAA